GAUCACACUUACAGAGUAUCAAUCUCCAUGGAAACUACAUCCAGGUCAUCAACAAUCUCAGCCAGCUAUAUAGUCUGAAGCACCUGGAUCUCUCCUCCAAUCAAAUCAAUUUCAUUGAGGGAUUGGACGGACUUGAAUCUCUGAGGACACUAAACUUGUCAUGUAAUUUUCUGACUGAUGUUCGAGGCCUGGCUGGACUAAGAUCUUUGGUGAAAUUAAAUUUGAGCUAUAACCAAAUAACAGACAUUUCUGGAUUUAAGUCUGUGACUGGUCCAAAUUUCAAGUUGACCCACAUAGAACUACAAGGCAACAAAUUGUCCUCAUCCAGACAUGUGUGUGAGUGUUUGUCGGGCCUUGUUAACCUACGGCAGCUCAGUCUCAAUGCUGAUGGUUCUUCAAACCCAAUGUGUAACCAGGCGGGGUACAGAGUUAAUAUCUUGGGGUCACUGCCACAAGUCCAGGUUUUGGACAACAUCAGUCGUGAUGGUCAGCGAGCAACAGGACUGGAUGUCUUGGCUGAUAUACCUGGCCUAGAAGAUUACAUGGACUACCUCCUAUCUAACACAGAAUCUUCCUCCAACUCAAUGGUGGAAGGAAAGGCCUUGGACCUGGCGACACCCAAGAUUGACAAAGCCUUAGAACUCUUUAAACGGAAGGCAAUACAGUCUAGCUCAGACACCAGUAAUGCACUGGUGUCAGAGUCCGAACUGGACAAGAGUACAGACAAACAGAACACAAGCGUCAUGUCUGAACAAAAUCGACGUCUGAUGAUCUUGGAACAACAGAUCGCGAACCUGUUGCAGCCAUCUAGGUCAAAGACUGUAUCAGAUGGACAAACGAGUUCUUCUGAUGCUAUCACCAGACUUGUGGCUGAAAGAGACAUCGUCCAGACUGAUGAAAGUGAUGAUGCAGGAUCAGGAAACUCUCAACAAGAUCAAACAAGCAGAGGUCGUAAGGGCAAAAGGUCACGUAGGUCACGUAUCCCUGGAUACCGUAAACCAACAGCAUCGUCCCGGGCCAAAUUGGAAUCCCCAGAGACUCACAGUGUUACUAGACAGGAUGAGCUGCCCAAUACACCCCAGACAGUACUUAAACAGCCAUCUGCCUACUGUAUCACUGAGGACCAGAGGAGGGACGAUGCCCAGUCUACCUAUUUGCAACUAAUGAAAGAGUUGGAAAAGGAAAGAGAGAGAAGAUGGAAGGCUGAACAAGCAAGCAAAAAACUUGUGGACCACAUUAAGUCUUUACAGACCAAAGCCAAAGAUGGUGACCAGCUGAAGGACACUGCUAUCGAGGCCACAACACGACUCAAGCAAGCUCUCACCAAUGAAAGGGAGGCAAAACUGAGGCUACAAGAUGACCUUGACAGGACAAAGAUUCAUUUACAGGAAGAGUCUAGACAGCUUUCAGUUGCCAAGGAAACGGAAGAAAGUCUGAAAAAGAGUCUCCGUAACCUGGAGGAAGUUACCGCCAAAAUGGAACGUGAAAAACUGCAUCAACAGACGCAUGAGCAAAAAAAGGCUCAUGAUGCACAGAUGCGAGCCUCUGCCUUGAAUCGAGAGCUAGAGAUGUUGAAGAUAACCAGCGAGAAACAGAAGGGUCAAAUCCAUCAACUACAGGAACUAUUGGCUAGCCGAGAACAACAGCACAGAGAUGAGAUGAAACUAUGUGUCCGACCUAACAGUCAAGAAAUGGACAAUCUGAUACAACAGGAAAAACGCCGUGCUGAGAAACAGUAUGAGGGCGAGAUUCGUGCCCAGCAAGACAAGGUUGACCAGUUGACAAAGCAGUACUCUGAAUUGGAGGAUGAGUUUCGAAUAGCUCUCCAGAUAGAAGCCAACAGAUUUAAAGAGGUGCAGGAUGUCUUUCAACGAGUUAGUGAUGAAAAUGCAGAGAACAAGCAGGCCCUGAUUGUUGCCCAGAGAAAAGAUGAGAAAAUGUCUGAGAUGUUCACAGAACUUACUGCUUUGGUGAAAGAACAGAAGGGAAGAAUUACUGAACUUUCCGAGUCUAAGAAUGAAUUGACUGCGGAAUACAAGGAUCGGAUCAUAACCCUGGAGAGUCAUGUUGAAGAAGCCAGGAAACGUAUGCUACAGAUGGAGCUCCUGAAGCAGGAUAAGACAAAGUUGUUGGCUCAGGUUGAAGCUCAAGAAUCUGUGAUAAAUGGUUUGAAAGCUGAAAGGAAGCUUUGGGGACAGGAACUUGCACAACAAGGUUCAUCUCUAGCCCAAGACAGAGGACGCUUGGAAUCAAAGAUAGAGACCCUGAAGUCAGAGUUGUCCACCAUGAAGAAACAGCUUGAUCGAGAAGUUGAUGCACUGAAGAUCAAAACUAAAAUGUUGGAGGAUCAGACAGAAACUAUUCGGAAACUGAAGGAGGGUCUGCUGGAGCGAGACGAGGAGGUGAAGCGAGCUAGGAAUGAGGCACUAAAAAUACAACACAAUUUGGAGGAACAGCUGACUGAGGAAAGAGCUGUAACUCAGGACAACCAGGACACCCUUGAGAGACUAAGAGACCGUAAACAGGAGCUGAAACAACAGCUGUCGGAGCUCCAAGGAGAACUUGAUGAGUCCAAGAAAGCUCAUAGUAUUCUUAACAACAAGUGGAAGGAGAAAUCACAGCUGAUUGGUGGACUGGAGAAACAAGUACAGGAGAUGAGGGAUACCUGGGAAGGUAAAGAGCAUAAACUCCAAGAUGAACGGGAUAAGGCUGUCCAUGCUGCCAGUGUUGCUAUAGAGAAACUGAGGAGAGUUGAUGAUACAUUCCGAGACCAGCUAGAGGCAAAAGAACAGAAGCACCAGGAGGAGAUACUUCUACUGGAGCAAGGGAAGCAGCAAGAAGUGGACCAGGCUUACCAAAGGGUGUAUGCUGUGGAAGAGGAGAUGCGAGAACUGCUGAAGGAAAACCAGAUUAACAAGAAGGCCAUGGAGGACAAAUUUAAACGACUCACUAAUGCUAUGUCUGAAAUACAGGCCAAUUUUGUGUCAUAGACAGACCACUUCAGUGUUUAAAAUGACCAAUGAUAUCAAGGUCAUAUUUAAACAGACCAAGGAUAUCUAGGUCAUCUUUUUGAAUAGAAUAGUGACAUAGAGGCUGUCUGUUUAAA